AUGUCUUUGCAGAGACUUAGUUUAGCAUCCGUGUUUUUGUCGCGGUCGUUUACCCCCCGGCGUUCGCCAGUUUGGAAUGGUUUGUUUAAGUUGCAAGCUGGGAGGAGGCUAGAGCACACAGGUGCACCCACGACACCCUUCACGGCAGAACAGCUUCGUGUUGCGAAGCGGGAGAGAUUGGAAGGGUUGGGCCCGAUUGUCGGGAGACUCCCUGCUGCGGUGGUCCCCUACGCGGAGCUGAUGCGGCUCGAGAAACCAGUGGGGACCUGGCUGCUGUACUUGCCCUGCUCUUGGGCGAUCCUCAUUGCCGCGAUGGAGACCGGUGCUGCCGUGUUGCCGACCGUUGGGAUGCUCGGGUUGUUUGGAGCCGGUGCACUUGUCAUGCGUGGGGCAGGGUGCACGAUCAACGACCUGCUGGACAGGAGACUUGACGCCAAAGUGAUCAGGUCUGUAGAGCGGCCGAUCGCCUCGGGGAGGGUCACGGCGCGGCAAGCGUGCGUGUUCCUUGCUGGGCAGACCGCUGUCGGUGUUGGAAUCCUCUCGCUGCUCCCCACAGCGUGUUGGUGGCUCGGGCUUGCGUCACUGCCGAUAGUGUUCACGUACCCGCUGUUCAAGCGGUUCACGUACUACCCGCAGGCUGCGCUGAGCGCUUGCUUCAAUUGGGGGGCCCUGCUCGGGUUCCCUGCAAUGGGGAUCAUCGACUGGCCCACGAUGAUCCCGCUGUACUUGGGGAGCUACCUGUGGUGCAUGACGUACGACACGGUGUACGCGCACCAGGACAAGGCGUUCGACAUCAAAGCGGGGAUCAAGUCGACCGCGCUCGCUUGGGGGGCCCGCACGAAGCAGAUCUGCUACGGGAUGACCGCGGCCCAGUUCAUGCUGUACAUAACCGCUGGGAUCAACAGCGGGCUGCUGCUGGGACCAGGGUUCCUUGGAGGACUGUCUAUAUUUGCCUACCGCGUAUUUACAAUGAUUAGGAAGGUGGACCUCGACAACCCAAGGGAGUGCUGGAGGGCAUUCCUCGGGAAUAUUAACACCGGGCUGUACUUCUCGUAUGCCCUCUUCUUCGACUUCUUGUUGAAGUCCUUUGGCUGGCUCUGA